UUUAUUCAGUUAGGUUCGGCACAUGAAAAGUACGGCGUCUGAACCAGGCCUUAUUGCAGUUGCGAUAAGAACAUACGCAAACAAAACAAAAUAAAACGAAACAGUUUUAUCUUUUCCUGCUGAUUUAACCAAUUGGUUCAGCUCACAAUAGAAGAAAAAAAUAAUGGUUUGGUUUGGGUAAAAUCAGUAAAGUCUCAGUAAGCAACCUUGUAAAAUAUGACCUUUUUUGUUUUAUUUAGUCGAGCUCUUUCAACCCUUGAGCAAACACGAGAAGAUGCAGUUCUGAUCAAGGAAUUGAUUUCACAGACCAAACAGCAGCUUUCUGCAGCUACGGUCAAGUCAGAUGAGCUGCUGGAGGCUCUCACUGCAAAGGCAACAGUGCUAGAGAAACUUAAAGCUAAACUGGGUAUCGGAAGUGCCACUCUUAGUGCUUUUGUAGCACUUAUAGACAGCGAAAUUGACGAGGAGGACACUGCUUUGUUGCAGGUUACUAUUUUUAUUAACUUUUAACCCUCUGAGUCCCAAGAAUGAUCAACAGCAAUUUUCUCCCAACAAUAUCAGCUUAUCACCAAGAGGAAAGGUCAUGAGAAUCGAUAAAUCAAAUUCUCUCGACUUAUUCUCAAAGGAAAUGUAUGGAGAUCAGUCGGGAGAAUUCUAUGUUGAUAUUGGGGUUGAAAGGUUUAACAUUUUUUAGUUUACCAUGUUUUUUCUGUGGAUAGAAAAUUCGAAGCGAAGUGGCUUAUCUUUGGGCUAGAUAGACGCACCUUUGCUCACAUUUUUUUCGUGCGAAAAACGUAAGAAGCACCAUAUAAUCUACAUGCUUUAAAAUUGGAUAUAAAAAAUCACUUAAUCACUUGAUGGCGUAUUAUACAAGCCACUUAUUUUUGAUUGCACUCCCGUGAGCCUACUCUGAGAAACCUAUGAAUGGGUGGGAGACAAAGAGUAAUCUUUAAAGGUUUUAAAGGUUUAACUAAACUGGAAAGUGCACUUAGCUUAUUCAGCUAGUUUACAGGCACUCCAGUCAAAUAAGUAGAAACAAAUAAUCCAAACAGAACGUACCAGGAUUAAAAACCCAAACCUGGCAAGAGGCAACCAGUCGGCUAUUUAGAAGCGUUCUUGAGGAUUUGAAAUCGGGACGACCAAGGAAAAAUCCAGCAAGGGACCAGAACGAGAAUCGAACCAAGGAUCGCCAGAUUGCGAGACGUUCGACUUGGUGACCACGCUGCCUCCUGAAGAUAUUCAAUUCAAUUCAAUUCAAAUCAAUUCUUUAUUCACACUAUAUAAGAUAUUUACAUAAGUGUAUGUAGGUAGGAAAAUAAAGUAGCUGACAAAUAAUAAUUAACUAAAAGACAUUAAGUUCAUUUGUGUACGGUGUCCAAAGUAGCAAGAGCUUUCUUGUUGGACACCAUCAUGUUGAAAUAAUUGGCAGCAGUAAAGAAAGAAAUAAAAUCUCAAAUAAUAUCAGUGAUAGAACAUAUAAGCAAGGUCAGAUUUGGUUGGUUAGAAGACAGGACUUCCAUUCUUUCUUAAACUUAUGAUAUGGCAGACACUUGAGACCAGGCCUAAAUCUCGCGAGUCAGAAAAAAAGAAUGAAGUAAUGUGCCCUAAAACUGGAAAUUGAAUGGUAUACCCUUGCAUAUUACUUGUUCUUUUAAAUGAAGGGGUGAAAGGCUGAUUCGCUUGCUUUGUUUGAAUAGGAUGAUGAAGCAGACGAGUUGGAUGAAGAAUUUGAAAAGCUAAAGAACUCGAACCUGAAAAGUCGUCGAUUGAAGGUUAUUGAGGAGAUUAAGCUAGCUGAGGGAGCCUUGGAGGAUUCCAAGAAAGCUCUUAAGAAAUGUGAAGAGCAGGUU